AUGCCGGUGGAGACCCUGCAGGCCAGCCGCCACCCCGCCGUGGCCGUGGGGCCCUUCACCUCGGCCAUGCCUUUCCGCAUCCUGAACAAGGGCCCUGAGUACUUCCGCCGGCAGGCGGCCCCUGGCCCCGCCAGGAAGCCCAGCGCCGUGGAGAGGCUGGAGGCCGACAAAGCCAAGUACGUCAAAAGCCGGCACGUGGCCACCACCAAGCAGGAGCCGGUGAAGCCCCGCUCCCUCAAGCAGCCCCUUUUCACCCCGGGGGUGCGGAGGGCCAUGCUCACCCCUGGCCGCAAGGCCCCGCAGGGAGGGCGCCGGGCAGACGUCUGCGCCGGCAAAACCUCCCUGAACUUGGAAAUACUCAACAACCUGAUCAACUUUUGCGACGGCCCUGUCCCAUUCCCCAAACCAGAGAGCCCCCUGGAGAAUAAGUGGAUGCCGGAGCCCCACGGCAGAGCCCCGGGAAGCCUGCCGGCCACCCCCACAAAAAAGGGACCCGCGGAGGGAAUGAGCAAGCUCUCACAAAGCUCGGCCUCCUCCAAGUCCCCCAGCACCGUGGCCGUGCGCAGGGUGGACGUCCGGCCGUGCUCAGCACUGCGCAUGAGGGUGACCCCGACUAUCCAGUUGACCCCUGUCCCCACGUCUCCCACCCAUGCCCGGAUCCCGUCCACCUGCUCCCAGAACUCCCCGAGUCCCUGCAGAGAGCUGUGGCCGGACAGCGCCAAGCGCCAGACCCUCCUGCACCGGUCCAAAUCGGACCUGAGCGACCGGUACUCGCGGGCCACGGCCGACCUGGAGCGCUUCUUCAACUACUGCGGCCUGGACCCAGAGGAUGUGGGAGGCCUGGAGGUGGAGCGCUUCACGCGGGCCAGCUCCGACAUCGUCUCAGUCAAGUUCCACAGUGUCAGCACUGCCAGCUCGGAGGGGACCCGGUCCCGGCGCAGCACCAUCACCCUGGAGGAGAGGCAGGCCGAGCGCAUGCCCUAUGGGAUCUCCGUCAUCGAGCGCAACGCCCGGGUCAUCAAGUGGCUGUACGGACUCCGGCAGGCGAAGGAACCUCAAAACGUCUCCAACGUAUAG